AGACAUUUCUAGGAGCUCUCAAAAGACUCAGGAUUAGAAUUUUUCUAAUAAUUUGUUGAUAUUUAUUGGAUUUCAUCAGUUUGACAGUGCUAGCCGUUGUAAUGGGCGAUGAUACAGAAUGGCUGAAGUUGCCAACAGAAGAAAAGUGUCAACAUAAGGUUUGGAAAGCUCGGCUUGCAGGUUAUGAAGAAGCUGUCAAGUUGUUUCGGCGUUUGGAUGACGAGAAAAGUCCAGAGUUUUCCAAGUAUGCAGGACAGAUGAAAAAGUUUGUCACGGACAGCAAUGCGAUAGCACAGGAUAAAGCGCUGGAUGCAGUUUUGGCAUUUGUAGAAAAUGCAGCUGUAGCAGGAAGAAUUGCACCAGAUGUUGUGAAUGGGUGUAUUACUAAAGUUCUUAACUCAAGCAAGCAGAAAACUAAAGACAAAGGAAUCGAAAUCAUUCUUAUGUUCGUGGAAAUAGACAAACCAGAUGUGGUCCAGGAAGAACUACUUGGUGGAUUAGAAAACAAAAACCCAAAGGUUGUAACAGCUUGUGUGCAAACAUUAACUGGUGCUCUCAGGGUUUUUGGAUCCAAAGUGAUAAAGAUCAAACCGUGUGUGAAAGUUUUACCGAAACUUUUGGAAGACAGGGACAAGAAUGUCAGAGAUGAGACAAAACAGCUGUGUAUUGAGUUGUACCGCUGGAUAGGAGCUGCUCUAAAACCUCAGAUGGCACACUUCAAACCUGUUCUUAUUCAAGAACUGGAAGCAGAAUUUGAGAAGUUACCUGGAGAUCGGCCAGUGCAGACACGUUUUAUGAGGUCACAACAAGACCUAAAGGCUAAGAUGGAGGAACAGACCAGAAUUGCUGGCGAUGGAAUCAAGGAUGAAGCUGAAGGUGCUGCAGAUGCUGCUGAGGAAGUCGACCCGUAUGACCUCAUGGAUGCUGUUGACCUCUUAUCACAGUUGCCCAAGGAUUUUUAUGAAAAAAUUGAAGCCAAGAAAUGGCAGGAACGUCGUGAAGCACUAGAUACAUUGCAGAAACUGUCGGAAUCACCUCGGCUUGAGCAAGGGGAUUAUGGCAACCUGGUUAGAGCAUUAUUAAAGGUCAUAGCAAAAGAUUCAAAUAUUUUGUUGGUGGCUAUUGGUGCUAAGUGUUUAGCUGGAAUUGCAAAGGGACUGAGGAAAAAGUUCGCUCCAUAUGCUGUGCAGAGUGUAUCUACAAUUUUGGAGAAAUUUAAAGAAAAGAAACCAGCAGUUGUGCAAGCUCUGCGGGAAGCAAUAGAUGCAAUCUUUCCCUCUAUAACCUUUGAAAUGAUUAUGGAAGAUGUACUUGCUUCUUUGGAAAACAAAAAUCCUUCUAUUCGAGCUGAAACAGCACUCUUCCUUGCUCGCUGUUUUGCAAGGUGUACUGUAUCAACCUUGCCUAAAAAACAGCUGAAGGUUUUCUGCAAUCAACUGUUAAAGACUGUGAAUGACACCACUCCUGAAGUACGAGAAGCCUCGUAUGCAGCACUUGGAACAGCUAUGAAAGUGGUCUCCGAGAAACACAUCCUUUCCUUCCUUGUUGAUGUAGACAGCAUAAAGAUGCAAAAGAUUCAAGAAAAUUGUGAAAAGGCUGUUUUACUGAAUAGCAAAGGUGAGCCAAGACAGUCUGGUGCCAGUGGUGAUGCUCGUCCAAAAGCUUCAGAGCCUAAACCAGUUGUCAGACCCUCGUCAGCAAAACCAGCUACCAAGGGUUCAAAAUCUUCCAAAGGACCUGAAAAAAAGUCUGCACCAGGAAAGAGUAAAGUAGCUAAGAAAGGAUCUGCAGUUUCAAAGGAAGAACCAAUUGAGAAUGCUUUGAGUGAUGAGACUGUUGAAGAAAAGGCAGCUGCUGCAUUUCCUGCUGACGUAUUAACGGGCCUUGGCAGCAGUAACUGGAAAGAAAGGCUGGCUGCCAUGGAAAAAAUAUCAGAGAUUGUAAAAAAUAUGAGCAGAGAAGAAAUCCUUGCUCAGGUGUUUGUGCGUACCAUCAGUAAAAAGCCUGGUCUUAAGGAUAACAACUUUCAGGUUUUGAAGCUGAAAAUUGAGUUCAUUUCAUACUUGGCAAAGAAUUCAUUAUUUUCCAAGAGAAGUGCAGAGUUCUGUUUACCGGACUUGGUGGAAAAGGUGGGAGACACGAAGAAUGGAUCAGUAGCACAAGAAGCCCUUGGUUACAUCAGCGAGGCAACUGGCUUUGACUAUGUGGGCAAAGAGGUAUUAUGUCUUGCAUUUGAAAACAAAAAUCCAAAAAUUCAGUCUGAAUCACUGAACUGGCUGUCUCAGUCAAUCAAAGAGUUUGGUUUCAAACUUAACAUCAAACAAAUGAUAGAAAACAUAAAGAAGGCACUAGGAGCCACAAACCCAGCUGUGCGGACAGCUGCAAUAAGUCUGUUGGGCACAUUGUACAUGUAUAUUGGAGAUAGCUUAAGGGUCUUUUUUGAAGAUGAAAAAGCAGCCCUUCUCCAACAAAUAGACACAGAAUUUGAGAAGGGGAAAGGUCAGAAACCACCUACUCCUACUCGUGGUUUGGUAGCUGCUGCUUCCAAUGAUGCUGGGGAGGAAGAAGUGGUGGAUGAGCCUGAAGAAGUGAACAUUCAGGAUCUGAUCCCAAGAAAUGACAUCUGUGAUAAAAUAACUGAUGAUCUCCUCAUGGAGUUCUCCGAUAAAGCAUGGAAAGUGCGUGGUGAGGCGCUACAAAAGGUCGUGGCAAUAUUAAAUGAAGCAAAGUUCAUCACACCGAACCUUGGUGAAUUACCAGCAGCUAUUAAACAAAGACUGGCAGAUGCUAAUAAAAUUCUGGUGACUACAACAAUUGGAAUCUGUCAGACUUUGGCAAAAGCACUUGGACCUCAUUGUAAGGCACACAUUCGAGUAAUUGGACCUGGUCUUAUUUCAUGCAUGGGUGACAGCAAGACCAACAUCCGAGCAUUAGCUGUGACAGGUCUGAAUUCAUGGGUGGAGCAUUCCACAUUGACACCACUUGUCGAGUGUGAAGCAAUUCAGGAAGGUCUUAAGAUGGAAAAUCCAUUUCUCAGAGCAGAACUUCUAGGAUGGUUGUGUGAAAAGUUGCCCAAUCACAAACCAUUACCAGCCGAGCUGCGGCAGUGUAUUCCCUCCGUGAUUGCAUGUCUGGAGGACAGAAACAGUGAUGUGAGGAAGAAAUCACAGGAAUCACUCGUGCCCUUUAUGAUUCAUACAGGAUAUGACUCUUUUGCAAAAGCAGCUAGCACAUUAAAGCCUGCAUCAAAGGACAAAAUCAUAGUGAUUCUUGAGAAAGCAAGAGGCAAUCUCCCAGCCAAACCGACAAAAGCACGUAAAGUUGCACCUGCUGCCACUCCUGUGGAAUCUUCACGCUUUGAUGAAUUAGAUGAAGAAAACAAACCACCUCCAGCUGCUUCCACAAAGAAGGAGAAAUCUGAGUCUAAGCCUAAAACUGCAAUUAGAGGCAAAGCUAAGGCACCUGUCUCCAGUAAAAAGAAGGAAGAAGAGGACACUAGUGCACCCAUAACGGUUGUUGUUUCUAAAGAACAGCGUUUUAAAGAUGAAAAGAAUAUGAAGGUCCUAAAAUGGAACUUUAUUGAGAUUCGUCCUGAGUAUGUUGAUCAGCUGAAGCUACAGAUGGAGAAGAACUUUAGCAAGUCGUUUAUGGACCAGUUGUUUCAUGCAGACUUCAAAUGCCACACAAAAGCUAUACAGUUACUUAUUAAGUGUCUUGAGACUAACAGCAAUCAAGUUAUAGAAAAUAUGGAUGUCAUUUUGAAAUGGCUGACAAUUCGGUUCUAUGAUACGAACCCAAGCAUGCUGAACAAAGCCCUAGAGUUUUUGCAGCUACUGUUCAGUACAGUUGCUGAGGAAGAUUAUCACAUGCAUGAUAUAGAAGCAUCAUCAUUUCUUCCAUACCUCAUUCUGAAGGUUGGUGACUCGAAGGACACUGUCAGACGGGAAGUUCGUAAGAUCUUCAAGCUAAUUUACAAAAGUUUUCCAGCCAGUAAAAUGUUCUGUUUUUUUAUUGAUGGUUUGAAGUCGAAGAAUUCCAAACAAAGAGCAGAAUGUCUUGAUGAACUGGGCUUUCUGAUAGAAUUGUAUGGUAUUACAAUAUGUCAACCUUCGCCUGCACAAGCACUGAAGAUAAUAGCUCAACAAAUUGGCGACCGUGACAAUUCUGUCAGAAAUGCAGCCCUCAACACUAUUGUCACAGCAUACCUCAUACUAGGAGAAAGUACCUAUAAGUAUAUUGGUACUUUGAAUGACAAGGAACAAAGUCUCCUAGAUGAAAGAAUAAAGCGAUCAGCGAAGAAUAAACCUAGUGCCAAGAUUAUUGUGGAUGAACGUCCAAAAACUACUCCCCUGUCUCAGAGGACGAUGUCUCAACCAAAUAUUCACCAGGCAGGACAGAGCUUUAAGAAAUCUGCCUCCGCUGCCACCAUGGAAAAGCCGUCUGUAUUUGAAGUUCAGCUGGAACCAGACUCAUCUUACGGAAUGCCCAACCUUCUGCAGCUGGAUGUUGACGAGCUCUAUGAUCCUGUAGAGAUGCCACAGAUUAGUGCUCACCCAUCGGCCACUAUGAAACUGGUAGAUUCCAAGGAUGCAUCUGCUACGAUUGGCUUUGUACUUUCACAGAUUACCAGUUCGGAUAUCAACAUGUGCAUUCAAGCUCUGACACAAAUUGAUGAGGUUCUAAAGAAUGAGGAACGAGCAGAGAUCAUGACAAAUCACAUGGACCAGUUAUUAAUGAUGCUUGCUAUGCAGUUCAAACUUGUUUACUCUACAUUCAUGGGUGAUCCCUUGACUAACAAGGAUGACAUCAUCAAACUGUACAAGUGUUUAUUAGGAACUCUUCUUGCAGCUUUAAAUAUUCCAUCCCUAGCAAAAGCUGCAUCGAAGGAUAUCCUGAAGGAUGUGUUACACUCUCUGAUUACUAUGAUACUUGACAAUCGUCUGGAAGAGUUUGAAGAAGGACCACAAGUGAUUCGCUCUGUUAAUGUCACGGUGGUCACUGUUAUAGAAAAGUCGGACCACACCAAUGUUAUGAGUGCACUCAUUCGACUGUUGCAAGAUUGUGUAAACAACGAAACAUGUUCAAACAAGUUUCUUGAACUUGUUAUGAAGUGCUUGUGGAAAAUGAUGAGACUUCUUCCUGACAUUGUGAACACAUUGAAUCUGGACCACAUCCUCAUGGAUUGUAACUCAUUCCUGCUGAUGUAUCCAUCUUCCAGAAAUAAGGGUUCCGAUCUUACCAUCAGGACCAUGAACACUAUUUUACAUUCCUUAGCAAAAUUAAAAGGAAACAAGAUUUUAAAUCACACAGGCUUAGUAGGGGAAAACUCAAAAGUUGAGGCACAUUUGAAGAAAAUCCUGAACUCCAAUAAAACUGAUGAUUUCUCUACAAAUCAACCUACAUCAAAGCCAAAAAGAUUAUCGAAAAGUUCUCAUGAUAUGUUGGCUGAAAUCUUCAAGAAGGUUGGUUCAAAGGACAACACAAAGGAGGGUUUGAAUGAACUGUAUGAUUUCAAGAAAAAGUAUCCAGAUGCUGAUAUUGAACCGUUUUUGAAGAAAUCAUCACAGUUCUUUCAAACAUACAUUGAACGUGGUCUGAAGAAAAUAGAAAUGGAGCGAGAGGGUUCAUCUGAAGUUUCUUCAGAAAAUACAGGUUCAAGCUUUCCACAUAUUUCAGUGAGUUCAACUGGAGUGGUAGACAGUACUGUGCUGUGUCCAUCUGCCUACAUCGAAAAAUUACGAAAAAUUCGAGAAGGCAUUAGUCUAGGAAAUGAACAGCCAUGCCAAGAAGAUAAUUCUAGCAUAAACAAAACAUUGACAUCUGCCGAUUCAACAGACAAUAGUGAAAAAGUUGUUCCAGGAACUGAACAGCUGGUUGAAGGCAUGGCACCAGAAGAAGACGAGGAGAAAGAGAAGGAAUGUGUGGAAACUUGCACUGCCGAGCCAGGAAACACAAAAGCUAGUUUAGCAACAGACUUCUCAAACUUAAAGAUGAGACUGGCAAGAGUAAAGAAACUGUCCAAGACGUAACAGCUCACUGGCAUGUUAGUGAAUGCAUCUGGUGUUUACAUGCAACCUUCUGAGGGAAAACACUUCCAAUACCCUUUAGGCCUAGGAUUUUAUCACAAGGCAAAAAUGGGGAACAACAGAUUUGUUAUGCAAAUUCAGUGUUAUCCAAAUUUAUGUGCCUCAGUCUUCAAUACUCUUCACCGGUUCAGUUGAAGAAAGGGAGAUUUUAGAAAAAUGUAAUGUGGUGGUUUGUGCCUGUAAAUGAUGACCUAGAUGAAAUGUGAUAUUCACAAAUACACAAAUGUUCAUCUACGCAUCUGCAUGUAGCUUAAAUGUGCAAAUGGGUAUUUUCAUGAUAGGGAAAAUCAUGAAAAACAAGCAACGGCAAACACUGAAUGAUAUAUAACUCAACUGAUUUAGUUAAUAAUGACAUUUUCUGCAUUUUUCAGCACUAACAAUCUGUAAAUCUUCAGACAUACAUGUUUACUCUAUGACACGCUACAAUCUAUUUUUCAUAGAAACAAAGCAAAAACUUCUCCACCUCAUUAACUUGGAAAACAAAUUGGCAUAUUUACAUAACAUUGGUCAUGAAAACUGGAAUUGAAUUAUGGUUUAAAAUUUUCUCGGCAUAAAAAAACCCUGUGCUUUCAGUGUUCUGCUACUAUAGGACUUGAUUCAUAAGACUAACAUACUGUCUUUAGAAGAUGAGCCUGUGAAUUUUUAAUGGCCAUUGUAACAUGGAUGAAAUUAUAAAUGACUCAUGAUCUUAAAUUGAUGACUAAUCAAUUAAUUUGUAAGCAGGGGCCAUUAAAAAUGUGGUUUAUUAUAGUGAUCUCCCUCUCUCUCUAAAAAAAAUUAUUGAGGUUAUUACCGAUGUGUGUUUCAGUAUCGUUAGUAUCAUAUCUUAGAAAUAAAAAUUAUAUUAUGGUCGCAUAAUAUAUUAUUUUCAUUCCUAAUAUAUGAUAUUGACAAUACCGGAACACACGGGUAAUAAUCUUUUCAUCAUAAUAUAAUCUCAAACUUGAUACACUGUAUACGCAAUUUUAAUUCCAGUCAGCCAUUACUCUAUAUUCAAAUGACAUAGAUAUUUGACGCGGUUUCUUUUUGAAUGGAAAUGGCAUCAAACUUGAAUCAUUAUUUUGAGUAUCCUUUCUUAAAAAUAAACUUAGGUAUAGUACUUAACUUUUUUUUUUUUCAGAACACUGAACAACUUUCAAUGUAAAGUUGCUAUUGAAAUGUUUUUGUUUUAAUUUCAUCACAGGAGCUUCUUGUUUUUUUGAUCGUCCACCUAAAAAUCUGGUGAUUUGAACAACAGCUGAUAUAAGCUCAGCUGGCCCUAGUAUUUCAUACAUCUUUGGAUUAUUACUAUUAUUAAUAGUACUUUAAGUUGGGAUCUUUUAUAUUUAUGUUCUGCAAGUAUCGUAAUAUUUUUUUGUGAUUGUAAAUGAACACUACAACCUACAUUAAAGUCGAUGUGCAGCGUCAUGUGUGGAUGAAUAGUUAGUUUAUUUUGUAAUUAUUUGUAAUUAACUCAUUGGCACAAAUUACACAUAUUAGAUUUAUUUGACAAUAUGUUACGUGUAUUUACAAUGUUCGAUAAUGAAAAUAAACAGGUGUUUAAAAAUAACGGGGCACUUAUUUACGCUAUUUUGACACACUGUUUACAUUGAUAAAAUAAAUAUUCAGAAAAAAUCUACAUUUACUCAGAGAAAUACAGAUUGACUAUCUUUAUCUUAGGGAAUACCAGGAAUCCUACUUGGUCACAGGGAAAUGAAUUGUUUAAACAAAAGGGCAUCAUACAAUCCAACAUUAUAUUAUGCAGCAUGACUGAAUGACCGACAUCUUUGGUCAGACUUGUACUUUUUACCGAUAACAGGGUUGUGGUGUUGGAAACACCAACCUGGUAGUUAAGAUGUAGAUAAAUUAUAUUUUUUCUAAAAUAUUAGUGGCAUGGGAUUUCAACGAUAAUAAAUUAUUUACAGCGACAGAAGUUAGGGUCAGUCUCACAAAUGCAUCACUUGUUCCUAAAUUUAUUAAGAGUUUUUCAUUUAGGGAGAAGAGAUGAAUUUUUGAAAGUCCUGUAAGUUUAUAUGUGCGUUACAAAUGUUUAUGCUCAUCUCAAUUAUCCUAAAAUACAAUAAUUGUAUUGACAGCUAUCCAUUUUAUCUAUUGUGACAGGGUGACCAAAAUGAUUGUAAAUAGUUUUAGUAGUGUUAUUUUAUUUUAUUUUAUGUUAUUCUUUAAUCUGUCAAAAUUAAUGUCCACGGUGGGACACUGGGACAUUAACAUUUUGGCUUUAUAGGCUAAUUAGUAAAUAUAUUUUCUUCUUUUUUUAAAUUUAAAUUAAAAAAAUGUAUGGAUGUUUUAAAAAAGAAGUUCAUAGUGUCAUCUUGUUUCAAGUAAACACAUAUUUCACAAUAAAAAUAUAUCCAUUGUAUAGCUCAUAUUUAACUGUUCUUGACACUUACAAAACAAGACUUGCUCAUGUCACUUUGCAUAGCCCUAAAAUACAUUUGUAGUAAUAAGAAUCAGGUCUUUGACAAUAUAACUAAAACACUGUAACUAUGUUAGUGUUACAUUGCCAUUGACAGUGUUUGAACAUUUAUUAACACAGUGUUUUCUGAAGUUGAUAUUUAUUUUUUUGUAAAUUUAAAUUGCCAGAACCGACAACACUUUUACAUGGGGGGGGGGGGGGGGGGGGGUGUACAGCUUAAAUCACAUUAUACUGAUACAUACAUUGUUCAAUUGGUGCUAUUCAAAACAUGUUUUUGUCAAUGUGCAUCUUAUACUCAACAUGUUUCCCAUGGAACACUAUAAUCGCUUGCCUAGAGCUUAUGAAGUUAAUUUUUUUAUCACUCGCCUGAUAUUUUCAAACAUGAAGGACUGAUGCAUACAUCAAUUACCUGGUAUAGAGUUUCACCAUACAUGUAGUAUGUUUCCUUAAAUGUCUAUAAAUGUAGUGCCGUGACCUGAUUUUAGUUACUUCUGUUGACAUAAACAAUGUGAUUGACAUUAUAAACAUAUGUGUUUGAGACUUUAGUGUGACAGAAUUCAUUUUCUCAGAGACGUUGAAGCAGGAAAAGGUGAUUUUAAUGUAUCAGUGACAAUUAAAACUGGAAAUAUUUAGAUGUGGCUUGUCAAAGCAGAUGACGUAUCAUGAAAAAAGUUGGCACUGCUAAUUCCUAUUAAUUGUAUAUUUUAAAUUUGUCAUUGGUAGUUAAAUAGGAAAAUAUUGGAAGCAAUUAGAAUGGGGAAUCAUGUCGAAUAAUUUGUAUUAUGGAAUUGUAUAUCCAGUAACUGCAUGAAUUAUUUUGAUGUCAGUAAUACACUGGUGGCACCUAAGUAUGCGUACCUAAGCAUUUGUGUUAUAUUUUAAAGUUAAAAUCUUUCUUUAAAAAUAUUUGUUUCACCGCCACAGUACAAUGGAACAAUAAACAUGUUACUACUGAAAGUUAUUUUAAUUUUAAUUUUUUUUUUUUAAUGAGCACAUUUUUAGAACCUUAGUGGUUUGCAACAGUAAUUAAAAUUGCAUAAUAUAUGCUAAAGUAAACAACUUUAAAGAUUGUGACUGCCAAUUCUUGUCUUAUUGCAGCAAGCACUUACAUGUAAUUUCUUGAUGUGCUAAGUAAGUGUUGCAUUUAAUAUAGUAUCUACUAAAACAGUGUUGUUUUUAGAUAGUAAGGAGCUGAUUGUGUCCAUUUUGAGUUAUGCAUCUGUCAGUUUUGGUAACGUGGAUCACAAUUUUGUGACAAUAAAAUUUCAUUCCUUCA